GAGGAUCAGUUAAAAUUAGCUGAAGCUGAAAUGGGAGUGGUUAAAGAAGAAAAUGAAAGGCUAAAGAUGUUAUUAGAACGAACUGUAAAGGAGUACCAGUCCCUACAAAUGCAAUUCUUCGACAUUCUUCAGCAAGAAAACAAGUCUAAAGAUACAGUUCCUAGCCAUCAGCAGGCAAAAAAAGAACCUGAACUUGUCUCUCUUAGCCUUGGGAUAACCUCUGCCGAGCCUAAAAAGGAGGAUAAAAAGAAUAACAAUUUUAGUAAUGGCCAAGAGGAGGAGAAAUUGAAUGCAGCACUUUCUCUGGGGUUGCAGGACUACAGAUUUGAGCCAAGCUCAACUGAACAUGUGAGGAAUAAUUCAUGCUCAAACAAUAGCUUUGAAGAACAAAAGGAAGAGGAGCCCACUGAAAUUUGGCCACCAAGUAAAAUUCUAAAGACUAUGAAAAGCGGAGAUGAAGAAGUUUCACAACAAAGUCAAGUAAAGAAAACUAGGGUUUCUAUCAGAGCUAGAUGCGAUACCCCAACGAUGAAUGACGGAUGUCAAUGGAGAAAAUAUGGACAAAAAAUAGCGAAAGGAAAUCCAUGCCCUAGGGCAUACUACCGUUGCACAGUCUCACCAUCUUGCCCUGUGAGAAAACAGGUGCAAAGGUGUUUUAAUGACAUGUCUAUCUUGAUCACCACCUAUGAAGGAAAACACGACCACCCACUCCCAGUAUCAGCCACGGCCAUGGCGUCCACCACUUCUGCUGCUGUUUCCAUGCUUCAAUCUCAAUCAUCCACAAGCUUACAAGGAGGCCUCAACACCUCAGCCAGUGUACCCAUUUCUACCUCUACUAACCCCCAUGGAUUCAAUUUCACUCUAUCCCAAAAUCCAAGUCCACAACAACUCUAUGGUCUUCCCAACUCUUCAAUCUCAACUUUAAAUUCACACCCAACAAUCACUCUUGACCUCACUACUAAUGCACCAUCCAGGCUUUCCUCCAGUUUCUCAUCUGCACAAAGAUAUCCCUCAACAAGCAGUCUCAACUUUUCCUCAUCAUUUUUCCCUUCUUUAGAGCCUAAUAACACUUUCCAAACACAAUGGAAUAAUGGUCCUACUAACUACAACAAUCAUGGGACUGUACCGGCUUACAAUAAAAACCCUAUUGGCAAUUUGAACAGUAUUGAAAAGCAACCAUUUCAAGAACAAUUGUACCAACCAUACAUGAAAGAAUCCAUAGUAGCUGCAACUAAAGCAAUUGCAUCAAACCCGAAAUUUCAAUCAGUAUUAGCCGCAGCACUCACAUCAUAUGUUGGCACUAGUGGUGGUGGUGUGAAAGAAAAUCAGGAUGCAUGUGAAAGCUCAAGCAUGAAGUUGAAGUGGGGUGAGUCUCAUACAAUGAAUCCUAUCUACUCGUCUAGCCAGAAUGGCAUAGGAUGUGGUUCAAGUUACUUGAACAAAUCUUCAUCUUUCAAUUCUCCAAAACAAGGCGGCUUGGCUUUGUUUCCACCUAAUUUAUUGCAACUUUCUGCAUCUAAUAAUUGUGCUUCUGCGGCUCCCCCUGACAAUAGGGACCAUUUCAAGUUGUGA